GAAACGACAUAUUUGUAUCAUGGCAGCAUGACAACAAAAAUUUGCUCUCAAAUUUUACCGAGUAAUGCUUAUGAAUUGAUUAUCGUAUUAUUAUAAAAUAAGCAACGUAGCUGAAUAGAGAGGAUAUGUCGAAGAGCAGAGAGAAAAGUUUGUGGGAUAUUGCAGUACAGGACAGCAAUGAAAAAGAAAGAGAAGGUCCAGGAUCAGAAGAUUCGUCUGUGGUUAUUGUGGGAAGUAAGAAUGCUGGUAAAACUUCUUUGAUUCUUCGGUUCUUGGACAGAGAUGAGGCACCCAAGCCAACAGUGGCCCUGGAGUAUACAUUUGGCAGGAGAUCAAAAGGCCAUAAUAUUGCCAAAGAUGUAGGUCACAUCUGGGAGUUAGGAGGUGGGACGUGGCUGACUAAACUAAUGGAUAUCCCACUGAAUGCUGAUAAUCUCUUACACACAACGCUGGUGAUAAUGUUGGAUUUGUCUAAACCUAAUGAGCUUUGGUUCACACUGGAGAGUUUAUUGAAAGCCGCCAAGGCUAGAAUUGAUGCUGUGAUCCAAGAGAUGAAAUCAACAAAACCAGAUAUCAAGGAUGUUUUAAAACAAAAGUGCUGGCACAAACUAGGGGCAGAUAAUCCUGACAAGAGCUUGAUGGAUCCAUUCUUGAUCCCACUGGUCAUUGUAGGAGGCAAGUAUGAUAUGUUUCAGGAAUUUGAAUCAGAGAAGAGAAAAGUGAUCUGUAAAGCUCUACGCUUCAUGGCUCACACCCACGGGGCAAGCUUACAGUGUUUCAGUGUAAAACAGGAACAGCUGGUCACCCGAUCACGUGCCCUCAUCAGCCAUCACCUGUUUGGGACCAGUGCCAGCAAAACCCUUCAGACAGAUCAUAACAAGCCACUUCUGGUGCCUGCUGGUCAGGACUCGCUACAGCUUAUUGGUACACCACCUCUAGCUGAUGGAGAUAUUGGAAAAAUCAGUGCCAGGUCCCCAGUGGAACUCUGGAAACAUGCCUAUACCAGUUACUUCCCUCAGGAGAAUAUCAACAAUCCAGCAAUUGUAGAAGACCCUGCCAAGGACCCCCACUAUGCUGAAGCUGCCAUUGAUACACUCAGGGCUCAGAAGGAUGAGGAACUGAUGCGUUACCAAGCUCUUUGUGAGAGACGGAACAGAGAAACUCAGCAGGGAUAUACCACCGCUUAUUGAACUAGAGUACCACCAGUGUAUUGAUUAAGCAGUGAAUUACAGGAAAUUGUUUUUCUCCUCUUCACAUUGUUCAGCUUCUUUCAUUCGUGUCCGUGGUUUGGCUGAGUGUCUUGUAAUACAUCCUGUCUAAUUUGUCAGCAUGAGAGACAGAUGGUUGAUGGAGAAUUUUGCAAACCCUGUUUUUAUUGAAACAUUUUAUAUAAAAAGAGAACAAAAGCCUGCGCGACGACAAAGACUUGACUGAUAUAUUGAGCAAUUGUGCUCUUCUUCAGCACACAAAUACAGUCCAUGACAGUGUAUUGAGAAAAUGUCUGCUGACCUCUGCGAGUUGCUGUGAUAUACCUGUAGCAACAUGUAGAGUAGAGGUUUUCAGAUCACUCUUUAUGUCUUCAGCAGCACCUGAUCUACUUUCUUACGUUGUACCUACACAUGGUAAUGGCUAUGUCUAAAGGGAAGAAAUAUUACGAGCAAGGGAUAUGAUGGUCACUGUAAUGUGGUCACUGAUUAAAUAUGCGUUCUAUUGGAUGGAUGAUUUUGCCCAUAUUGCUGAGAGUUAUAUUGUCAUUGUCCUGUGUAACAGU